AUGGAUUUCACCACCUGUGAUCCUGUAGCCGGAAGCCACAGGUUUAGGCUCUUGCAAAGGCCAUCACCCUGGCACAGGUUGUCCCAUAGUCCUUUGUGGAGUUUUAAAAAUGGACAGGAGCUGCGGAUUGCCGGCCCUUCUUGGACCUACGUCUCUGCUCAUCCCGACUGGCUUUAUGGGCAAAUCCAGAGGUACCGCUCGCGACGGCCACGCCGAGCUGCGGAGCAGCCCUCGGGCUCCCCUGCUAGGAGCGUGCAGGCCAAGCAGCCCGCUGGUGCAACAGCAGCCCUUCCCUUGGCAGCAGGGAGCCGUGGGAGCACGCGCCGGCAGCCUCAUGUGACAAGGGGGAAGAGGCACCUGCGAGGCAGCGCUUUCCGUCAGAGAGACAGCAGGGCUACCGCAGUGCCCGAAGUCAUUGUGUGGGGCCCCACGGGUGAGGAGGACUCCGUGGAGACCAGCAUGCUCCCUGGGAACUUCGGCUCCACCACCGCCACCUCUGCUUGGACCACAGCCGAGCCCUGCGCUGGCCACAGCGGAAAUGGCAAGGAAGCCCGCCCACCCAGGAUAUUGGGAGACACGUCAGGUCUGGCAGUUCAUCAGAUAAUCACUAUUACAGUGUCCCUCAUCAUGGUCAUAGCUGCUCUGAUAACAACUCUUGUCUUAAAAAAUUGUUGUGUGCAAAGUGGGAACACCAGGCGAAACAGCCACCAACGCAAAAUCAAUCAGCAGGAAGAGAGUUGCCAAAAUCUGACGGACUUCACUCCUGCCCGGGUGCCCAGUAACCUGGACAUAUUCACAGCCUAUAACGAAACACUGCAGUGCUCCCAUGAGUGUGUCAGGACACCGGUGCCUGUGUACACAGAGGAGGCAUUACACUCGCCUGGAGAUUAUAAAACAACUUUCAAUGGAAACAGACCCUCUUCUUCUGAUCGGCAUCUUAUUCCUGUGGCCUUUGUGUCUGAGAAAUGGUUUGAAAUCUCCUGCUGACUGGCCGAAGUCUGUUUUACUUCCUGGGGGCAGGGCAGACGCCAUGUGGCUGUUUCCUGGAUUCCAUUGGUGAACCUGUAAAAAAAAAAAUAAUAAUGGGUUACCUAUACCUACCAUUUCUGUUUACCAGUAGGAGACUCACAGAGCAGCAUUCUAUGGGCCAAAUAUAUUUUUAUAAAAAUGAACACGCCUAUAGGUAACUGCAUUUUUCAAAGAGCGCGUUUUUUGGAGAAGAGAAAAAAUGUACAAGCAAAGAAUCCUAUGAAGAAGGAGGAAACUGAGGAGAAAAAAGAGAAAAAGGACUGAACGUCUGGAGCUCGGGAUAUGGACUAUGAAUUUGAACCUGUGCCAAUAAUACCGUUAUGUGCCAUGUACUGAUGCAAAAGACUUCGCAAGAAGCUGAAGCUAAGUCAAUAACACAUAGAAACGUUACAGAAAAGAGGGGUGGGGGGGCAUCUCUUCUGACAGAGUCAUUAAUUCUGCUCAAUAUACAUACAUAUUAUAUGUAUAUAGAAAAUAUAUAUACACACACAAACACUUUUUGUACUGUAGCAAUUUUUGAAGAUCUUAAAUACUCAUUUUUAAAGAAAAUGUCAUGGGCUAAAAAUCUAAUUUCUUUAACAUGCAUAAUAUGAACUAGAUAAACUGAUCUUUUCUACUUUGGCAGUUUGCCUUUCAAACCUAUAUGUGUAUAUAUAGAUAGACAUAUAUACAUAUAUGUGUG